AACACAAUCAACCACACUCACUCACAACCCUCGACCAAGACGACGACCAAGACGAAGACAUGGAUGAUGUUCCCGAUCUCGACGAGCUUCAAUGGCUGGAAUCCCACACCAUCGACCAAGACGACGAUCAGUUCGUUGACGACGAAGAUGAUAUCGAACACCCUUCGCCCCCCUCACCACGCGAGUCCCACAAGAAACCAAUUCUAUCCCUCCCCACAAUACCUUCGCCCCUCGAACCCCACCUCCAAAUCAGCCGCCCCCCCACCACAAAACGCUUUAGAUCUGACCUCGUUCAGCCAUGGGAUGCGGACGACGAUUGCCUUCGCGUCGGAAACAGCUCCGACGGCAAGAGAAGCAGAACAGAGGAAGACGAAGCCCGGUUCGGGCCUGACCGCUCAUUCAUGGGCCCGGUGAUGGGAGGAAUGGAAGUGGUGGAGGAGGAACUGGAGAAGGAAGAGAGAAUACUGUCAAGAUAUGCUACGGAAAUAGACGGGGAUUUUGUGCCUGUCACGGGGUUAGAUGGGGAGAGGGUGUAUGCCAAGUUAUGUAGUUUGGAGAUGGAUGAGGACGGGAGGAAAAGGGAUUUAAGAUUCGGAGGAGAUUCUAAUGGACUGCUUAAGGAAUCUGUUAAAGUUCUAAUGCAAAGAGUGGAGCAUGAGGAAUUCACAAAGGCUUUGCAAGCAAGUGUUGAUGGCUGUCCAACUGAAGUAACGCGUUCCAAAGCUCCAGUUACUGAUGAGCAACUUUGGGUGGACAAAUAUGCUCCAAGUUCAUUUACAGAACUUCUCAGUGAUGAGCAGACAAACCGUGAAGUUCUCCUGUGGUUGAAACAAUGGGAUAACUGUGUAUUUGGAUCUGAAAUUAAGAGCACCACAGAUGAUGUUUUGACUUCUUUGAGACGACAUUAUUCAGGAUCUCAACAUUCUAAACAAUUUGCAAAGAGUUAUUUUGGAAAGAAUAAAGAAAUCAGGUUGAGCAGUAAUACAGUGGGAAUUCACAAUUGGAUGGAUAAAGAAAACAAUGUCUCCAUAGGCAUUCAGGACACGUGGGGCACGAGGCACAGAAGUUCUGGACCUCCAGAACAAAAGAUUUUGUUGCUUUGUGGCUCCCCAGGACUUGGCAAGACAACACUUGCACAUGUGGCAGCAAGGCAUUGUGGCUACCGUGUUGUUGAGAUAAAUGCAAGUGACGACAGGUCAUCAUCAACCCUUGAAGCUAAAAUCCUCGAUGUGGUCCAGAUGAAUUCGGUUAUUGGUGAUUCAAAGCCAAAGUGUUUGGUUAUUGAUGAAAUAGAUGGUGCACUUGGAGAUGGGAAGGGGGCUAUUGAAAUCCUUCUUCAAUUGGUAUCUGCUGAAAGGAAAAAUGAUACUGGAAAAGAAAAUGUAUCUCAGGAGGGGAGGUCAUCUCGAAAGAAGCAAAGAAACUCUGGACUGUUGAGACCCGUGAUAUGCAUUUGUAAUGAUCUAUAUACGCCAGCCUUAAGGCCAUUACGUCAGGUGGCAAAGGUACACAUUUUUGUCCAACCAAGUGUGAGUCGUGUUGUAAAUAGGUUGAAGUAUAUAUGCAAGAAAGAAGGAGUGAAGACAAGUUCCAUAGCUCUUUCUGCACUUGCAGAAUAUACUGAAUGCGAUAUAAGGUCAUGUUUGAAUACGCUUCAGUUUCUCAACAAGAAGAAGGAACGGCUCAAUGUGUUGGAGAUAAGUUCUCAGGUGGUUGGUCAGAAGGAUGCGUCUAAGAGUGCUUUUGAUAUAUGGAAAGAGAUCUUCCAAAAGAGAACGAAGAAACAGGGAAGAAAAUGUAGUGAAUGUGGCAGCAGCAUGUCCAAAGAGUUCGAGUUUCUUUACUCCAUGAUUUCUAACCGGGGCGACUAUGAUUUAAUAUUGGAUGGGAUUCACGAAAAUAUUUUGCAGCUCCGUUAUGUUGAUCCCAUGAUGCAAAAGACAGUGCAAUGUUUGGAUAGUCUGGUAAUUUCUGAUAUCACUCAUCGUUACAUAAUGCGGACACAGAAAAUGUUUCUUCAAGUCUAUCAGCCUCCCAUUCCAAUAUUUAUACGUGGUCUGGUAGCACAACUGGAGAAAAAAGACAUUGAGUGGCCCAAGUCUUUCCAGAGACACCGGACAGUUUUGGCAGAAAGGAUGGACAUGUUUCGUACAUGGUACAGCAGAAUAUCACCAAAUAUUUCAAGGCACCUGUCAACAAAAUCUUUUGUGGAAGACUCAAGUUCUCUGAUGUUGCAUAUUGUGUCACCAACAACCCUAAGACCGGUAGUGGCGUUGCAUUUGCUUUCAGAUAAUGAGAAGAGAGAUCUAGGGAAGCUAGUAAAUAACAUGGUCGCAUAUGCUAUAACCUACAAAAAUAUCCAAGCGGAUCGUAGUUUGAAACAUGGCGAUACUUCGGAUGCAACCAGACUUUCAUUUGAUCCACCCUUAAGUGAAUUUAUAGACUUCAAGGGUUACAAGUCAGAUCAUUUUGAUCUUGCCUUGGCGGUGAAGCAGGUCUUGGUUCAUGAGGUUGAAAAGCAAAAGAUUCUGCAAGGUAGCCUCUCUAGAUCUGCUGAUCUGCUGAUGCAUGAGAAUCAUGCCUCAAUACAGAAAGACAUUGGAGUUGGAGUAUCAUCCAAAUCAAGUUAUGCAAAUGGAUCUUCUGUAAAGAAAAUAAAUGGAAAAAGUCCAACUAAUCAGAAAUCUGGACUUUCUGUCUCUUCAAAUUCGCUACUUGUGGAGUCUGGCAAUGCUGCUGCUGCUGAUAAAGCAAAAUCAGUUGAACAAACAAAAAAGCCUUCUGGGAGCCUGCUCAAUUUCUUUGACAGGAUUAUAAAUGACAGCGAUGGAGGUUCUCAACCUAUGCACAGUGCUAUGCCGAAGCCUAAGACGGCGAAAAGAGAUUCCCAUCCUUUGUUGUUUAAAUUCCAUGAGGGAUUCACAAAUGCAGUUAAAAGACCUGUACGUAUGCGAGAAUUCCUCCUGUGA